AGUACUUUGAUGAGUGACAAUCAGCUCUUCAGCUGUGCUGCUGUGCGAAGAAUCGUGGUAGUGGGGUAAAAUGCCGGUAUCGUUGUAUGUUAUUUUGCCAGUAAUUCUGGCACUAACUCUUAUACGUGGCUAUCGGGAGAUUAAAUGGGGACGAUGUAAAAGUAAAAGUUCGCUACAUGGGAGAGUUUUCAUAAUUACUGGUGCAAACUCAGGUAUAGGAAAGGUUACUGCUCGCGAACUUGCCCGGAGGAAGGCAACUGUAAUAAUGGCAUGUCGUAAUAUUAAAAAUGCCAGGGAAGCAAUCGAGGAAAUAAGACGGUCCGUCACGACAGGAGAAUUAAUUCCACUGCAGCUCGACUUGUCAUCUUUAGCGUCUGUGAGAAAUUUCGCAAGUGUAAUCAUUAAAGAUUUUCCGAAAAUUCAUGUAUUGAUCAAUAACGCAGGAGUAUUUAUACCAAUUGAGGAAAACAGAACAACAGAAGAUGGCUUUGAAAUACACUUUGGUGUGAAUCACCUCGGUCAUUUCCUCCUGACGAAUUUGCUGCUGAAGAAAUUAAUGGAAAGUGCACCCAGCAGGAUCGUUGUUGUUUCCUCUACACUGCAUGAAAAAGGAAACAUAGAAUUUGAUAACUUGGAUGGUAAAAAAUGGUCCCGAGGUAAAAGCCGAAUGAAUCCUGGCUACAAUAAUUCAAAGCUUGCAAAUGUAUUGUUUUGCACAGAAUUGGCUGAGAAAUUGAAAGGCACUGGUGUAAAUGUGUACACCCUCUGUCCAGGGCUUGUGUACACAGGGCUAUUCCGAAGUACUCCUAUAAAAUGGUUCCAUUACAUAUUGUUUGCACCAGUGGCUUUUUUCUUCAUGAGGACCCCAACUAAAGGUGCACAAACAAUUUUACAUUGUGCCACAUCUGAGGAAUUGGAAAAUGAAUCGGGACAUAUGUAUCGUGACUGCAAGCUAUACAGAUCCAAGAAGAGUGUAGAGCCAUCUGUUUCUAAAAAGCUGUGGGAAGUUAGUGAGCAGCUUGUGGGCUUGAAGACGGAUUAGCAGUUUUGAAUAUUUAGUGUACACAGGCUGUCUGUGUGUCCUAUGUAGAACAAGAACUGUUUUGCCACAUUUUCCAGAAUUGUGGCUAUCUUUACAAAGAUAAAUGCCAACUGCUAUCAGAAGCAAAUAAAGCAAGUCAAAUGUAUCCAGCUGAAUGGACAUAUAUAUUAAAUAGGCAAAUUGUAAGAGUUCACGUACUUUCAGUAAUUGUGAUAUUCUUAAAAUGUAAAAUGUGUUUUGUUCAUCUCAUAAUGCCCUGUUUUCAUAUCAUUUGACUUGUUAACAGGCUCAAGAAUAAAAAUGAUUUUGUAUGUUACUCAAAUAAUAUUAAAACAUAAUUAGUGAA